AUGAAGGCUUCGAUCAUCCUGUUGCUAAUUGGUCUGGCUGUAGCUCAGGCGCAGUUUCAAUGGAUGCGCGACUCCGGAAAAUUUGUAAAAGAUGCCGCCCUCGGGUCCCGUGACAUGGCCAGAGCCUACAUGGAUAUGAGAGAAGCCAACUUCAAAAAUGCAGACAAGUAUUUCCACGCUCGGGGGAACUAUGACGCUGCACAGCGAGGACCCGGGGGGGCUUGGGCUGCCAGGGUGUUAAGACUCUGGUCUCCAUUUUUCUCUAGUGACGGCAGAGAAGCGGUCCAGAUGAGAGGCAGCGGCAGAGGAGCCGAGGACAGCCGGCUGGACCAGGAGGCCAAUCGCUGGGGGAGGAACGGAGGCGACCCCAACCGCUACAGACCUGCAGGACUGCCCAGCAAAUACUAA